CCUGAUUUCUUAUAAAUUUUUCUUUAUGUAAAACUUAAUUUGUAUAUAUUGAUAAUAAAAAUCUGUUUAUUUUCGGUUUAAAAAAAGUAGCUUGACGAUAUAAACUAAUUCAGAUAGCCCAAAUUGGCUACUUUUGAAGCACAACUUUGGUACUUUUUGACUUUCUGAUCUGGCAACAUUGUUCGUGCUGUUCUUCACUUUAUUUAAAAAUGCCUUUCUGUAUGGAACCUGCUUCUGAGAGCUCCGAUGUUAAUCCAUCGGAAAUUUUUGAGGAAUUGACAUGCUUCACAUUUUCUGACUAUUUUCCCACUGAAGAUGCAGCGCAAAAAUUUUGUCAUCUGGUUGGAAUGGUUCCUCAUCCGGACUUAACUGGUUUUAUUCCGCCUUGUCCUCAGUGCGGAGGUAAGUUUUACUUUUCCUUCAUUUCUCAUGUGCAGGAGUGUCUUACGCGAGUAUCUGUUAGCUAAUUCAAUUGGUCGUAUUUUUCAGGCGCGAUGGAGAAAAUAUUGGAUCCAUCGGAGAAGUUCGGAUACAUUUACCGCUGUGAGAAAUUAAAAGUAAAGGAAAAAAAGAGGCGACGAACUGGUGGCUUCGUCAGGCGGGCCAAGUGUACCGGCGGGCUCUCUAGUACACAAAAUACGUUUUUCGAAGGAGCUAAGCUUUCAGCUAAAAAGGUCCUAAUGCUGAUAUAUGCAUGGAUCAUAGAGCAGCCGGUCACUCUCGCCGCGAGAGAAUGUGGCGUGGCCAUACAAACAGCGGUAGAUUGGUUUAAUUUCUGCCGGGAAGUUGCGGAGGUUUUCGUCUCACAACAAGACAUCCAGAUUGGUGGUGAAAACCUACACGUGGAGAUCGACGAAACCUUCAUCAGGAGACGGAAAUACAACCGCGGACGCGUAACUAAGGGCCACCAAUUAACAUUAUUUGGUGCCUAUUGUCGGGAAACGCGAGAGUUGAUGUACUGGCAUGUGGACAACAAAAGUAGGCGUGUUCUGUGGAGCCACAUGUACAGAUACAUCGCUGAAGGUAGCAUCAUCGUUUCCGACAGCGCGCCACAGUAUCGUGGUUGUACGACGAUGGGCUUCUCGGAUCAUAAGACCGUUAAUCACAGCCAGCAGGGCCCCGGGAGAUUCGUCGACAUCGAUGAUCCCGAGGCUCACACUCAAAACAUCGAGUGUCGACAUCGCUGGCUGAAGAAGUCCAUUAAGUCGCUCCGCACGGACAGGAGCCUGCAGAGCUACGCAUGUACUUACGUAUACAAGACGCGGUUCCUGUCCAAGUUGCCAACACCAUCGGCAAAAUUCCGGCAGUUCGUCGAGCAUAUUGUGGCCGUCUACCCGGGCCCCGGUCGUGAGGGUCUCCAGCUGAAGACGAUCGGUGUGCCCGUGGACGAUCAGCCACCAGACGAGCCCUAUUUUGAUGUGGCCGACGAAGAGGAACCGCAAGGAGAUGACGACCCCCCAACAUCGGACGCAACCAACACCACCUUUGUCGACGACCCAGAGGACCCAGUCGAGGCGGGGACCAGCGGCCUCACGUCAGCAACAGCAACAGCGUAGAUGUACCAACGUCGCGAAAUAGCGAGAGGAGAGGACAGGGCCGAGGACAGCGCCUCCUCUUGCGGGAAACGCAGAGGAGGCGCUGUGAAGGUGAGUGUCUGUUUUUUUUUCCUUUUUACAUCGGUAGUUAAGCUUAGUUCACACUAAGCUCGAUUCGCUGGCGAAAACGAAAAACAUAGCGAAUAACAUUUCAGACAUAACGUCGUUUCCAGCGAAUUUCGAGAAUCGCUUCGAAGUUCGGAACUGAUCCCCGAAAGGGGAAAUGAUGAUUUUUUCUAAUGGAAAAAAAAAUGUCGAGCUGGUUAACGACGAAAUAUCAGAAGCGGCCAUUUUGUUUUUCGAGAUGACGUUUUCGCUCGCUUGCAAAUAAUCGGCUGCUUAAAAUUCGCAAUCGCUUUCCGUUUUUUGGUUAUAUGGGUCAAUUUCGCUAAGCGAAUAAAAAUCGCUUUUCGCAUUGGCUUUCGUUAUUCGCUCAGUGUGAACUAAGCUUUAAGCCGGAAAUGGUUAGAGACUUUAGAAGCGAUUCCUAUCGCUCGCGAGAAUUUUAACAGAGCGACGUGAUGGGACGUAAUACUUCUGCUUCGGCGGGCGUAACGAAUUCAUAAAAAUUCGAAUUGUCGGGGUUAACUAACUUAAAAAAAAUUUUUUUUCGUUUAUUUAUAUAAGUCGUAUAACGUUAAAUUACUUAGCCUUUCUAACGGAAAAAAAUAAAACUACGUAUUAUUUCGGUUAAAGUUAGGUCAACGUUAUUGAAAUAUUAAUCGAAGAAUAAUUGAUAAGGAGGGGGCGAAAACCCCCAAAUUAUAAACCCGGUAAAACUGUCGAUUCGGGGAGAGGGUUUCCACUCCCCAAUCGAUAGACUCUUCUUUGUGAUAAAUAAAUGUCUAAUGAACCACACGCUACGGAAUCGGACUCACGUGACCGGAAAUGACGUACGUGCAGUCGCGUGUG